CUCCGCCAUUAUGGGUUAGAUAGAUCCUUGAGGUCGACGUUGACGUCAACGGCAAGCGAGAAGAUGUGCCCUGAAAUAUAAUCGUUUUAUUAGAAUACUCUGGCUACUGUGACGCGUUACUGUAUGCCCUGGGUGAUGGCCUCUGGUGGAUGGUUUAUCGUUGGGUCAACCAUUGCUCGUCUCCUUAUCGUGUACAAGGGUAUCACUAUUGGGAACGUCUGUGAUAUUAUAACCUGCCCGAUAACAGUGAAGUUGUUGAUCCGUUCGCUUUCGUCAAUCACUUCACCAUGAGUGCCCUUGAAGAAGAUCAACUCUUGGACUACGACGAAGGCGAUGAGGAGGUUGAGGAUACUUCAGCCAUGAACGGUAAGACCGUCGGUGGCGAGAUCGCCGCUGAUGGUCAGAAGAAGGGAAAUUACGUGGGAAUCCACGCAACAGGCUUUAGAGAUUUCCUCCUCAAGCCCGAGUUGUUGCGUGCCAUCGUUGACUGUGGUUUCGAGCAUCCUUCCGAAGUCCAGCAUGAGGCCAUACCCCAAGCCAUCUUGGGUACAGAUAUUCUUUGCCAGGCCAAGUCCGGUAUGGGUAAGACGGCGGUCUUCGUCUUGGCCAUUUUACAGCAACUGAACGUCGAUGAGAAGGACUCUGACGUGAAGGUGCUCAUCAUGUGCCAUACAAGGGAGUUGGCUUAUCAGAUCAAGAACGAGUUCGACCGGUUCUCCAAGUACUUUCCUAAUGUGAAGAACGGUGUUGUUUACGGCGGCGUACCGAUCUCUGAGGAUAAGGAGAUGCUAUCGAAGUCCCAUCCCCAAAUUCUAAUCGGCACGCCCGGUCGAGUCCUCGCCCUGGUCCGCGGUAAGCACCUCGACCUCAGCCACGUGGAGCACUUCGUACUCGAUGAGUGUGAUAAGUGCUUGGAUAAGUUGGACAUGAGGAAGGACAUUCAAUCCGUCUUCAUCGAGACUCCUGUUAAGAAGCAGGUUAUGAUGUUCAGUGCGACUAUGAGUAAGGAGAUGCGCGAGGUUUGCAAGCGUUUUAUGAACGAACCCCAUGAGAUCUUUGUCGAUGAUGAUACCAAGCUAACCCUUCACGGUCUUCAACAGUACUUCGUGCGCCUCGCUGAGAACGAGAAGAACAAGAAGUUGACGGACUUGUUGGAUGCCUUGGAGUUCAAUCAAGUUGUUAUUUUCGUGAAGUCCGUGCAAAGAGCGAUCGCAUUGGCUGACCUUCUCACUGAGUGCAACUUUCCAGCUAUAGCCAUACACUCCAGACUGAAGCAGUCCGAUCGCAUUGAUCGCUACAAGCAGUUCAAGGACUUCAAGAAGCGUAUCAUGGUCGCUACAGAUCUCUUUGGUCGUGGAAUUGAUAUUGAACGAGUGAACAUUGUUAUCAACUAUGACAUCCCUGAUAGUUCGGACCAGUACUUGCAUCGUGUUGGCCGAGCUGGUCGUUUCGGAACUAAGGGCCUCGCGAUCACUUUCGUGAGCUCUGAGGAGGAUACCGAUAUGCUCAACCAAGUGCAAGCGAGGUUUGAGGUCACUGUAGGAGAGCUACCGGCCCAGAUUGACGUUACGAGUUACAGUAAGAGGAAUUUCUUACUUGUAUUUUAG